AUGUCGUCUGUAUUUGUACCCGAAAACAGCGGUUCACCACAACAGCAGAAACAGCCUGAACAAGCAAGACCCAAACGACCCAGAUCCAGCUUAGCAUGUAUUCGUUGUCGCAAAAAGAAGGUCAAGUGUGAUUUCGUGCAGCCAACGUGUGGACGUUGCGCUAUUGCAGGUUUGCCCUGUAGCUAUGCCACGCCUCCCCGCAGAGUAGAUGGACACGCUUUCGAUCAACUUGGUAACCAUGUAGAAGAGCUUAAAGAAAGAAUGCAAAAGAUGCAAUCAGAACUCGCCAUGAUGAAGAACAACCUACACCCAUUUGCAUCCACCUCCGCAACUGCCAACCCUGAUGAUAUGGAUUCAGGCCAUUCCACGCCCAACAUGAUGAUGACGGAUGGUAGUCAGAACAACAUGGCUUUGGCCACCUCCUCCUCGUCUUCCUCUGAUCAAUCAGUUACCUGGAAACUAUCUCUCUCGCCUUCUGGCCUCAGAAUUGACACCAACAUUGCCAGUGUAGCUGAUCUCUACCGCAUCUUGCUCAACGGCAUCAGUCAACUCAACAUCAACAAUGAUUCCACCACCAGUCUAUUCAAUCCUGAAAGCUCGUCAUCGAACUCUGCUUCCUCUGCCAACCCAUUUGUAGGUGCUCGUAAGCAGCCAACAAAAGCCAAUUUAAGCAGUGCAGGCAGCAACAACAGCAGACGCAGCACAACGAGUUAUUUGGAUGCAGGCAUGAUGGACAACAACGAUAAAGGAGGGCGCUUAUGGGAAGUAGACGAUAAUGAAGCCAGAAAGAUUCUGCAAGAAAAGAAAUCCAACGAAGAUACCUUGCCCAAGGAAGUGCUUGAUAAUUUGAUGCACACAUGCUAUCAUACGUGCUUUUUGGCCUACCAAGUAGUGGACAAGGACCAUUUCAUGCAGCAGUACUUGUCAGACGAAGGACUGGACCCCCUUUUAACCAAUUCUAUCAACGCUUGGGUAUCAAAGCACGGCUGCAUCUAUCACAAUGCCAAUGGCGGCAACUCGCAAACCACCAUGGGCGAAGUCUACUUUAAAAACGCUCGUCAGUUGCUGAAGAAAUGCUUUGAUAUCAGUAGUCCCACUACCAUUCAUGCUCUUUUGAACCUGUACAUGUAUCAAUUGAGCAGUGAAAGAUCAAGCCUGGCUUAUCUGUACAUUGGCCUUGCUAUCCGUAUGGCUCAGGAUCUAAAGUUUCACAAAAAGGAACAUAUGUCGGCUGAUCUGAAUCAACGUGAGACCAACAAGCGAUUGUGGUGGUCUGCUUACUGGCUUGAUUUAUGUGCUGCUCUUGAAUCCAACCGUCCUACCAUGGUGGAUGAUAAAGAUUGCGACCUGGAUUACCCUGUGCGCCUGGAUCAUGAGGACGAAGAGACCGGCUAUCGUAUUCACUUUACAGUGUACUCUAUCAAACUGAUGCGUAUCCGAAAGGACAUCACCAAGCAUCUGCCCUCUGAACAGUCGGGUCAAUCGCUGCUGUCUGCCAUCUCCAGGCUGGAAAAUGCGCUUACCAAUUGGCUGAGUGAGUUACCUCAAGAUCUGCACUAUGAUGACCAAUCCACUGUGUUCCAAAAGACGGGCUCCUUCAGAGAUGAAGCGUGUCUCAUUCUUAACAUUCAGUACCAAACCACUUGGAUCAUGCUGCACAAGUUCUUCUUGCCAAAGCAAGAUCAAACUGCCACGCCCGUUGCUCUGCUGUCUCUCAACAUCUGUACCAAGUCUGCCAACCUCAUUACGCGCAUGCUCAGUAUCUAUGCUUCCAGCUUGAAUUGGUGCCAGUUCUUUUACGCCAUGGAUGGCAUCAUUGCGAGUGUCACUAUUCAUCAAGUCAAUGCACUUUCAAACGAAAAGGAGGUGUCUUGCUUGGCCCAACGCAAUUUAAUCAUUACUGCCAGUGUGCUAAAGGAGUCGCCAUUGAUGUACAUGGUCAAAGUGUGCGAAAUCAUCGAGAGCAUUGAAGGCUUCUUGAAGAAGAAUGGUCUGUCAUCUGAAUUGAGUGAUUUGCCUGCUGUCAAUGAGGACUCCAUCAACCAACAAUCCAUCUCUUCUGUGUUCCAUCCUGCUGUGUUUGAGUCGCAACACAUGAUGUCUCAACCGCAACCACACCAGCAUCAGCCACCAUCCCAUCAAGCACCUCUACAUCAUCCUCAUCAUACACAAGCACAUCAACAUCAAGCACCACAACCACCACCACCUCAGCAGCAGCAGCAGCAGCAACAACAACAGCCCCCACAUCACCACCAACCACAGACGAUGUCUUAUUCUGGUUCUAUAUCACCUUCUGUACAAUCACAGCACACAAUGAUGAAUUCACCUCAAUCUCAACAUUCGUCGUCAACCAUACGUGUUCCUUCGCAACUCGCUUCUGGCAUGUUUCAACAGCAAACCCUCUCUCAACAACCCUCUUCGUCAGCCAAUGCUGCAGGACAGCAACAACCCAACAACAGUGUGUAUAAUAGCUCGGGCAUGAUGGUGGAACCCAGCAUGUUUCUGAACGACCCUACCAGUUUAAUGGGAUUCAAUAUGCCAACUCAGGGCGGUGGAGACAUGGAUCAGUUGUUGCUAAGAAACAUGGGCUUUGAUCUGAACAACCCGACCACGCCUGGUGGUGCUGGUGGGCCUGGUGAUGGCAGAAUAUACAGCAUGUUUGAUAGCAGUACCAGCAACGCACCUAAUACCAAUACAAACUACCCUUCUGGCGGCGGCGGUGCUUCUUCUGCAGCACCCUUUACAGAGACCUUUGCCGGUUCCUAUACUAAUACACAGACUAGUUUUACAUCUACUACCGCAGAUAAUUCUAAUAAUUCAAACAACACUACCAAUGCAUACCCCAACUUUUUAAACAAUACGGAACUAUUUGGGAUCCCAACAACCACAACCACAACCACAGUACAGCAACAGCAGCAACAUCAUCAGCAACAACCACAGCCUUAUUCUACUAAUACACCUACUAAUUUCGAUCCCGCCAACUUGUUUGGUUCAAUGAAUAUGGAUCCUGCUACCAUGAGUGCCUUGUUGUACAAUAAUGCUGGCAUGUCUAGCUUUGCAUAUCAACAACAGCAAGCACAGCAACAGCAAGGACAACAGCCUGGUGGUACGCCUACAGGCGAUGAAGCGGAUAUGUUGUAUGGUACAAACAAUGGUAGAAAGAGAGUACAUCGUGAUUGGGAAGAUGCUGCUUAA